UGAUAACCUGAUUUUUGUAAUCAAUUUUUUUUCAAAUUUUUAAAGCAAUAAUUUUAAACACCAUUUUUCAGUAAUUUUAUUAUUAUUAAUUUGAUUCGAGGUAUUUUCUUUUUAAUCAUAGUUCGUUUAAAUGUCGUUAUUCUUCUUACACCACUUGUAACAUAAUUUUUCAUUCGCAUUAAUUAUUAAUUAUGAAAGCAGAAUUGAAAACAAUUUUCAAAAAAUGUCUUCAAUCAGUGAAUCCUUCAAAUCUAAUCCGAUCUUCGGUCAGCGUUCAAUCUUCAGAGCUGCUAAUACUCAACAGACGAUUCAAACUGAACAAAAACUGUUACAUUGUUGGAUUUGGAAAAGCAGUCUACGAAAUGGCAAUCGAAAUGGAAACACUAAUCGGUGAUCAUUUAUGCGAAGGUGUUAUUAGCAUUCCGGUGGGUAUGAGGAAUAAAUUCUCUUCCCAGUUGAAGGAAAAUUCUGUGAUUAAAGUGUUCGAAGGAGGUAAAGAUAAUCUACCGGAUGAAGAUUCCUUUAAAGCUGCCAGUUGUAUAAGAAAUCUCGCCGAGAAACUAAAACUAGGUGAUUUAAUGAUCGUUUUAGUAUCAGGCGGUGGUUCAGCUCUGUUGCCUUAUCCUUUACCUCCGAUCACAAUCGAAGAAAAAAUCAACACUAUUAAAAUGAUAGCGAACGCUGGCGCUGAUAUUGUAGAACUGAACACAGUGAGAAAAGAAUUAUCUGCCUUGAAGGGAGGCAAGCUCGCUCGGUUAGCUUAUCCUUCAACCACAGUUGCUUUAAUUUUAUCCGAUAUAGUUGGCGAUCCUAUUGAUUUCAUUGCUUGCGGUCCUACGGUGUUAUCGAGAGAUUUUUCAAACGAUUCAGCUACCAACAUAUUGGAGAAAUAUGAUUUAUGUGAUGCAGUACCGGCCAGCAUUCAAAGAGUCAUUUUCGGCAAGACGUGCGAAGAUCAGGGUAAACUGGAAACGGACGAAGUAAUGAAACAAGUACAUAAUGUAAUUAUUGGUAAUAACUCCGUUGCUUUAGAAGCUGCCAAAAAAGAAGCCGAAUUCUUAACUUAUUCCGCCGUCAUUAUUUCCAAUCAAGUGAGCGGAUUGGUCUCCGAAGUUGCCGAUAUCUACGGUGAAAUAAUCCUCAACAUUUGCAAAUUCAUGUUUCACGAUAGUCAGAAUGACUUUAUUAAUAAUUUAAAAGCAAUACUAAAUCCUCGCAAAGACAAUCUAUACCUUACCGAUCUCGUCAAUAAAAUAGUCAAGAAUAUAGAAAUUAUAGAUACUUUGAGAAGUACAAAAACUCUGUGCCUUAUUGCCGGAGGAGAACCAACUGUAAAAGUUACCGGAAAGGGAUUAGGAGGCAGAAAUCAAGAACUAGUUUUGCUAAUGGGACUGAAAUUAUUCGAAUUGAAAAAUAAGUACGAUUUUAUCAAUAAAUUUGAAAUAUCGUUCCUAAGCGCGGGUACUGAUGGAAUCGACGGACCAACAGAUGCAGCUGGAGCUACAUGUCAUCUUAAUUUAUUAGAAGAAGCAAAUUUAAUCGGUCUGGAUCCGAAUAGAUAUCUCGAAGAUAACGAUUCGUAUAAUUUUUUUUCUUUAUUAGAUAACGGUAGUUAUUCGAUCAAAGUUGGACAUACAGGCACUAAUGUUAUGGAUAUUCAUAUGAUUUCAUUGAGAAGAAUAUCACCCGAAUAACAUCAUUCUUUUUUAUCGAGUUUUUUCUUAUUUAUUCCUUACAUUUUGCUUCCUUCAUUCAAUAAUUACCUAAAGUGAUUUUUUCCAUUAUUUAUGUAAAGAUUAUUUUCUUUUUAAAAUUUUUUCGGCUGUAUGCCAUUUCAUUGUAUUUGUAGAAUAUUUUAUUUCUAUAUUUAUGAUGCUUUUUGUGAGAGUUGUCACCGAGCAGAGGAUGCAAAGUGAGAAAGAACUGAGUGGAUCAAUGGAAUUAUUGAAUGUAAUGGUUAUUUAAAUACUUGGGUUUCAAUUUUCAAUUAUUCAAUGUAAUGAUGGUUGUUAUAUUAUCUUCACGAAGUUACCGGCUGUUAAUUAAUUUGAUUCUGUUUUUUUUUCUUUUUUACUCUAAUAAAAUUUAUUCCUUGUUGUUGUUA